AUGGGAAGAAGAAAAGUCGAGAUCAAGCGGAUCGAGAAGAAAAGCAGUCGACAAGUCACUUUUUCCAAACGACGCAAUGGUCUCAUCGAGGAAGCUCGACACCUUUCGAUUCUCUUCGUCGCUGUUCUCGUCGUCUCCGCCUCCGGAAAGCUCUACGGCUCCUCCUCCGGCGACAAGUAA